GCAUCUUGUUAUUCUAGUGUCUUUGUUUGAGUUUUAUGGAACUAUCAUUCAUAUAUGCAUUCAUACAUAGCAAAUUCCUUUAUCGACAAUCGAUAACACCAGCUCCUCUGGUUGUCCCGCUCCGACGCACUGCGUAAAGUUUACAGCCGAACCGAAGCGAAGCAAAAGCAUUUCAGGAGCUUUCACUGUUGUAUCAGAAGUGCUCGUUCGCACAGGUAAACAGCUGGCUGAUCUUUCCAGUGUGAUUUUAAGAGUAUAGAAAAGAAUGCAUGAUUACAAGCGCGUGGACUCCCCGCCGCCCUACUCGGAUGACUUCGCCACCGCUCCCCCUGCGGAGGCCGACAUGCAGCAGAACCUGGCGUCGCCCGCACAUCCCUAUCCGCUGAUACCCGUGAUGGCCCAAACCAUGCCGGUGUUGCAGCCCGUAAGCGUGGUGCAAAACCAGACGACAGUGCUGGUGGACACACCCGGCCAGGGAAUGAUCUGUCCCCACUGCAACGCCCGGGUUCGCCUUCGCGUGGAGCACCAUCCCACCGGAUCAACUUACUGCAUGGCGGCGUUGCUCUGCCUAUUCUUCUGCUGGCCCUGCGUCUGCGCCCCUUGCUGCUGCAACUGUUUCUACAAAACCUCCCAGUACUGCCCCAACUGCAAAGCCUGCUUGGGUUCGUUUUGAAGAGCCGAAAACACUCACCGAUUUCAUAUCCACACACAUUUUAUAGGUACAUAACCAACUAUAUAUGUACCAUGUAUAGACGGCGUCAAAAUUGUGUCUUUAACAUUAAACAUACAUACAAUGAAAAAAUACAAUGAAAAAAUAAACAAAUAGA